CGGGGCUUGUUUCCAGUGCGUAUUUGCGCGACGCCAUUUCAUGCAUUCGUCUGUUGGUCGGUGUCUACUGAACGAGCUGGUACGGACUGUAUCCACAAAACAGUACAGCACCGAAUUUUAAUCAUUUUUAGUCUUAAACUCCCGUUUUUGAGGCAGCUUUUUUGACCCACGUCAAUCCAAUCAGGCAGACAGACGACUCGACCUGAAUUACAGACAGAAUGGAUCAUUCCCCCACAACCAGCAGCCUGAUGGCCAGCAACGUCACCAACAAGACGGAUCCACGUUCCCUGAACUCCCGCGUCUUCAUCGGGAACCUCAACACCAUGUUGGUGACCAAGGCUGACGUGGAGGCCAUCUUCAGUAAGUACGGGAAGAUCGUGGGCUGCUCCGUGCACAAAGGCUUCGCCUUUGUCCAGUACGCUAACGAGAGGAACGCCAGAGCGGCGGUCGCCGGUGAGGAUGGGAGGAUGAUCGUGGGACAGGUGCUAGAUAUUAAUCUGGCCGGUGAGCCAAAACCGCAUCGAUCAAAGACUAUCAAACGCUCUGCUGGAGAUAUGUACAGUUCUUCAUUUGAUCUGGACUAUGACUUUCAGAGAGAUUACUACGACAGGAUGUACUCGUACCCGUCGCGUGUUCCCCCUCCUCCCCCUCCUCUCUCGCGGGCGGUGAUUCCCUCCAAGCGGGCACGUGUGAGUGUGAGCGGGGGCGGCGGCGGCAGCCGUAGGACCAAGAGCAGCUUCUCCUCCAAGAGCAGCCAGCGCACGUCCCGUACCAUGAGAGUUGAUGAUCUACAAACCAUUAAGAAGGAACUGACUCAGAUUAAACACAAAGUGGACUAUCUGCUGGAGAGCCUGGAGCGCAUGGAGAGAGACCACAGCAAGAAAUCAGAGGUGAAGAGCGCUAAACCAGAUGAAGUCUCACCACAGCACUCCAGCGGCAAGAAAGAGCGCGAUAGCACGGAAAUGAACGACUAUGAGGAUGAGGGAGACCUGCUGGAGGAAGAGGAGAUCAAAAGUCGAGGAAGGGAGGAUGAUGAGGAGGAAGAAGAGGGUGAGCAGGAGGAAGGAGAGGAUGAUGGAGACAGCGCCAACGGAGACCAUUCUUAAACGCGACACACACGGACACACAUGCAUGCUCACCGUGAGAUAUAGAGUAGAUCCUCUGACCUUUAACGCACACUUAGUUUUAUUUUAUAAGUCCAAAACAGUAAGACUCGUGGAUCAUGAAAAUGACACUUUUAAGAUGAUCAAUCGCAUGAACCCUCGACUACAGCCACCAUACUCUGAGAUCUAUUACUUCUUAUCAAAAUCUGCAUUAAAAACAGUUGAGUGGGGGAGUUUUUUUUAUUUUGGAUCGAGAAAAUGCUUUUGAUUGCACUGAAAUCAUCUUCACUGCUGUGACAUUUAACAAGUUUGCAGUGCAUUUACCAUGUCAAGUUGUUUUAAGACUGGCAACCCAAUAGCUUGAAUGUGUUUGCAUUAGAUUUGAAGGAGGAACCCCUUAGAAGUGCUAUGAUUGGAUUUUACCAAAACGAUCCGUUAUGCAAAGAUGCACAAAAAAAUACUAGCUAGUUUCAUAGCUUACCAUCCUCUAAAAGACAAGCUCAGUAUUUGUCAAUAUUCAAUAUCCUAAGUGACUAAAGUGGGUCUGUUGGGUGGGAUGGUGGUUUAAUGAUUGACACAUUGAUGAGCCAAUCAGAAUGCAUCGUAUUUGGAGAUUAGAACUCUUGAAGAUACACUACCGUGCAAUUAGUACAUUUAACCCUGUUAAUUGGUUUGCACCAACCAUAUGCUGCCAGUACAAACCAUUUGGAUUGUCAAACCUAGAACACAAUUGAUUUCCUACUUCAGGCACAUUCAGGUCCUUCUCAUCUGGUGUUUUUAAAGACUCGAGUUACGGUGGUGAUAAUGGUGGCUGGAGUUCGGGAACGUUCUGCUGUAUUCUUAAGGUCAUUCACUCUUUAAACCGGCCUCAAUGCGCUCAAAUACCUGUGAAUGUCUGUCUUCACCAAUGCUUUUCAUGAUUCUUGUGGUUGUGAGACCCUUCUGUGCAGAUUUCCAAUCUUAAAUGCACUGUUGGUCAUCGUCGUCGUCUUCCCCAACACGUACUAGAGAAUUAGAUUAGUUUGGCGCAGAACAGUCUCAAAUAGCUCUCCAGUUGGGUCCCAAAGCUCUUGACGGACUUUAGUCUCCAAACCCUGAACUUAUUCACUCGUCUGUGUGUUGGUUCAGGCACAGAAAUGUUCCUCUAGCACUCUUUUUGGGAAUAGAUGUAGUUACUCGUCCUGACCAGUGGGCGGCACUGUGGCCCCGUUCUGUUAUUUAACCUCUCAGAAAUACUGUUUAAAUGAAGUGAACUGUUUUAUAUUCCAUAUGGGGUCACAGAAUGUGUGAGAAUAAGUUCAGAUUGUACAGUCAACGUCAUUUUACCCGUCGGUUUGUAUUUGUGUACAGUGACACUAAGGUGAGUUUGCUUCUGAUAGAUGCAAGAUGUGUUUGUUGCAGUUUUGUUUUCAUUUGUUCUGUUUGUCUUUUGUUUGGUCUGUGUAAUAAGUUUCAAUAAAACUACAAAUGUUCAUGA